AUGUUACCGCUAGGCCUCCUCACAGCGGCGCAAGGCCACCCAAUGCUUGUUGAGCUCAAAAAUGGAGAGACUCUAAACGGACAUCUUGUCAACUGCGACAAUUGGAUGAAUUUGAUCUUGAAGGAGGUUGUUCAGACCAGCCCAGAGGGUGACCGCUUCUUCAGGGUACCAGAGGUCUACGUAAGAGGGAACAACAUCAAAUAUCUACGAGUACCAGAAGAAAUUAUCGACCUCAUCAAGGAGCAACAGCAGCACCAACCGAAUCGCGGACGUGGCGGCCAUCAACAGCGAGAAGGCGGACGAGGCGACAGGGGCCGCGGCGGGGGGCGUGGGGGACGCGGCCGGGUUAGAGGGAGAGGUGGUAGCUAG